AUGGCCGGAGGCGGGUUCGCCGCGGCGGAGGGCGGCCACGCGCGCGACGACUACGGAGGAGGAGGCGUCACGGUCUCCGUCGUGGUCACCUGCCUCAUGGCCGCCUCCUGCGGCCUCAUCUUCGGCUACGACAUUGGCGUCUCAGCAAGCCUCGUCCUGCGCGGCGACACCGACAGGGCCCGGGUCUCGCUGCGACGCCUCCGCGGCCUGGGCGCGGAAACCGACGCGGAGCUCAAGGACAUCGUCCGCGCCGUGGAGGACGCGCGGCGGAACGACGAGGGCGCGUACGGGAGGCUGUGCGCCAAGGGGUACGGCCACUACCUGGUGAUGGUGGUGGCCAUCCCCUCCUUUUUCGACCUCACCGGCGUCAUCGUCAUGGCCGUCUUCUCGCCGGUGCUGUUCCGGACGGUCGGGUUCAGCAGCCAGAAGGCGAUAUUUGGAUCCGUCAUUCUUAGCCUCGUCAACCUGGCCUCGUCGUUGCUCUCCUCCUUCGUCAUGGACCGCGCCGGCCGCAGGUUCUUGUUCCUCGCCGGUGGCGCAGCAAUGAUGAUUUGUCAGUUGGCCGACAUGUUCAUCCUGGCGGGGCAUCUCGGCAAGCACAACGCGGCGACGAUGCCGCUGGACUACGCGGUGGCCAUGCUGGUGCUCAUGUGCCUGUACACCUUCAGCUUCGGCGUGUCGUGGGGGCCGCUCAAGUGGGUGGUGCCGAGCGAGAUCUACCCCGUGAAGAUCAGGUCGGCGGCGCAGGCGCUGACGGUGUCCAUCGCGCUCUGCCUCUCCUUCGCGCAGACGCAGGUGUUCGUCUCCCUGCUCUGCGCAAUGAGGCACGCCAUCUUCCUGUUCUACGCCGGAUGGGUCCGCCUGGCCAUGACGGCCUUCGUCGCCGCGUUCCUGCCGGAGACCAAAGGCGUGCCGCUGGAGGCCAUGCGCUCCGUCUGGGCGGGGCACUGGUACUGGAGGAGGUUCGUCAGGGAUGCCAAGCAGGAGGUUCAGGUGAACUGCCUGUAG